AUGGACCAAGGUCCAGAGAGCAAGAAACCCCGUCUCUCGACUGGAUCAUGGUCCACAGGAACACCUGCCGCCGCUCACCUCCACCACGCUUCUUUCCCCAACCCUAAUCCCGGUACUGCCUCGCCUCAGGCACCGCACCCCACGCCAUCGGGUCCAUAUCAACCCUCCCAUCCCUUCUCUCGUUCCUCUGACCCCCCUCCCGUCUCCUCUCCUGCUCCUCCGACACCUAAUGCUGCUCACUCUUACCCUCACCUACCCCCGCCGCAGUCGACGCCGCAGCCACAUCAGUCGCGCGCCACCCAUCCGUCUGCUCCUCCCCACCAGCAGCACUACGCCGACGACCGCCGAUAUCAUGAGCCAGACCAGCACACAUCUAUGCAGGACCAUCGACAGGACUACCGUUCCGACCACCGCUCGGAGUACCGACAGGAUCAUCGGCCUGAGUACCACCAGGACCAGCGACUAGACUACAGACAAGAGUACCGCCACCCGGCCCCCUCGCCUGCUCGCUUGUCUCCUCCCUACGGCACUUCCUAUGGACGCGAGCAGUCCUUGAACGAAGACGGCCUGCCUCUGAUGCGCCGGCUCGACUCUGGCUCGAUUCAUGCAUCCCAGCAGCAGCAGCAGCAGCAGCAACCGCCACCACCACCACCGACUUUGCUACACCCCCAGCACCCUCAGCAUCCUCAGCAUCCUCAGCAUCCCCAGCAUCCACCGCACCCGCAGCACCAUAUUGAUGACAGCCGGCGUCAGAUGGGCUUUGAUAACAUCGCCCACCCCUCAGCGUCGAGCCCGCACCAGCUCCCUCAUGCGCAGCCGCCUCUGCCGCACCAGCUGCCAAACCACCAGCCAGUCCAGAGCCCGGGCCACAGCCACCAGCCGCCACCCCUUCAUCCGUCGCACUCGCAUGGUCACUCUGCAGUACCGUCAGCUCAGUCCCAGGCUCCGCCUCCUCCGCUGCCACCACCGCCCCCACCACCGGGCGGGCCUUCGGUAUCAAACAUGUACCGGCCACAAAGCAGCUACCCGCCAACUCCUACAGCUCUGAGCCAGUUUGACCCCCCCAUCUUUGGCCACUCUCAGCCAUCCGCACAGGGCCCGGACCAGUCCUACCCCGUCUCCUACUCGGGAACGGGGAAGAAGAAGGCCCAACGCGCUUCGCAGGCGUGUGAUAGCUGCCGGUCAUUGAAGGCCAAGUGCGACGAGACCAAGCCUUGCAAGAAUUGCAGGGAAAAGAAUAUCGAGUGCAAAUACCGAGAUCCGAUCCCGAAACAGCAAGACAAGGUGACCAUCGACAUUAUGGAAGCCAUCAACAGCCUGGACCACACACUCCGUGGCGAGAUACGAGAAGUCCGCGGGGAGUGCAAGGCGAUUGUUAGCAGCGUCCAACAAAUGUUGGCUGAAGUGCAAAACACAAUCAAGUUAGGCAUUAUGAACUCCGAUCGUAUUAGUCAGACCGGGGCGGCGUUGAAUGCGACAUCUAUGGUGAACUCGCCGCGUUCUGAUAACGAUAAUAAGAAUACAUCUUCGCCGAAGCAACCUUCACACUGGUCGAGAAACAUGGGGCUGGCCCCAGAAGAGGCACAGAGGAUAUCGGAGCAGCUGCAAAACGACGAUCACAUGGAUGUGGUCCCUGGCCCUGCUGUGCCGCCCGGAGAACCGGCCAUUCCUGCAUAUCACACUACAUUGGCCAGUCUGCUUCUAACCUGGCCCACGAUCCGCGAAAGGGUAGAGAGCCAUCUAGAGGCGGCUGGCAUCCGCUUUCCGUCCGAGUUCCCGGUGCGCCAGGAGCAGCGAAGAGGUGCCAUCUCUUUCUAUGGGCGUGGCGAGGACUCUGCGGGCGACAAGGGCCGCGGCGAGCUAAGCAUGGAUCCGAAUGAUGUACUGCACAUCGAGGGCUCGCAGACGGUUCCUGUUGCACCGGCACCGAAUGUGCCUGGCAGCAACAGGAGCAGCCCGCAAAACCCAGACAACCUAGACACGUUUAACAACGCACAGGAGUCGUCUGAAUCAGCGCGCGAUUCGUGGAACCCGCCUGGAGGCCUCAACUCGCCUAGCCCGGUAGAAGCGGUCAAGGGCCCGCCAACGCGAGUUGCCAUCGAGCUGGAUCUAAACCCGGAUAAGGUAUGGGACUAUGUUCGCAGCUACGAGAAGAACAUGCAGAACAUACACCCGCUGAUCCCGCCGCUGGAUUUGCAUGUAAUGACGACGAUGUUCUUGCAGAAUGCAGCCAAGUCGUCGGGCUCGCAGGCGGCAAAGCCGUGGGCUCCUGUGGCGGAAUUUGCAGGCGGGUCGAGCUCGCCAGUGGUGGAGGGCAACCUAAAGCGGAAGCGGUCUCCGGUAUCGUCCGGCGAGGGGACCGUUCCUCAGCGACAGACGCCCCCAAGACCAGGACCGCGUUUCCAAGACGUCGACAGCAUGCUCGUUCUUAUGGUGCUGGCACUGGGCAAGGUCUGUCUUCAUAAGCAUUCGAAGCUUCCGGAUGUCGUUCCCGACAAUG